AUGGGUGUCGGCAGGAGGGGUCUGGCCCCGCUCUGGGCCCUGGCUCUCACCCUGGCCUGUGCCCAGCACACAGGCCACACCCAGGACAGCUCGUCCAGCUAUGAGCACCACCUGGGUCUCCCUCCUGUCCCCCAGGGGCCCAACAGCAACCUACUCCGCGGGGUGACGAUUUUGCCGCCCCUGAGGACCAUCCCCAUGGUUCGAGCCUUGCACGGGGCCCACAACGGGCGGGUCUGCAGCACCUGGGGCAACUUCCAUUAUAAGACCUUCGAUGGCGAUGUCUUCCGCUUCCCUGGCCUCUGCAAUUACGUGUUCUCUGCACACUGUGGGGCCGCCUACGAGGACUUCAACAUCCAGGUGCGCCGUGGCCAGGAGCCCCACACCACCACUCCGAGCAGGAUCGUCAUGAAGCUCGAUGGCAUGGUGGUGGAGCUGACCAAGACCUCCGUCCUGGUCAACAGCCGCCUGGUCCAGCUGCCCUUCAGCCAGUCCGGGGUCCUCAUCCAGCACAGUGGUAGCCACCUGAGGGUGGUGGCCAGAGUGGGCAUAGUGUUCAUGUGGAACCAGGACGACAGCCUCCUGCUGGAGCUGGACCCCAAGUACGCCAACCAGACCUGUGGGCUGUGUGGGGACUUCAACGGCAGCCCUGAGGUCCACGAGUUCCUCUCCCACAACACCAGGCUGACACCUCUGGAGUUUGGGAACCUGCAGAAGAUGGACGGCCCCAUAGAGCUAUGUCAGGACCCUGACCCCGAACCCCUAACGAACUGCUCGACUGACAUUGGCAUCUGCGAGGAGGUCUUGGGGAGCCAGCUGCUUGCAGGCUGCGUGGCCCUGGUCGACAUUGCCCGCUACCUGGAGGCCUGCCGCCAGGACCUGUGUCUCUGUGAACACACUGACCGGCUCAGCUGCGUCUGCCACACCCUUGCUGAAUACUCCCGGCAGUGCGCCCACGCUGGGGGCCUGCCCCAGGACUGGCGGGCCCCUCACCUAUGCCCCCAGACGUGCCCUCAUAACAUGCAGUACCAUGAGUGCCGCUCACCCUGUGCAGACACCUGCUCCUACAUGGAGCAUUCCCAGGCCUGCGAGGACCACUGUGUUGCCGGCUGCUUCUGCCCGGACGGGUUGGUGUUUGAUGACAUUGGGCAGUCUGGCUGCAUCCCUGCGUCCCAGUGUGCCUGCACAUACAACGGGGCCACCUACGCUCCAGGGGCCGUCUACACCACAGACUGCACCAACUGCACCUGCUCUGGAGGCCGGUGGAGCUGCCAGGAGGUCCCAUGCCCAGGCACCUGCUCUGUGCUCGGAGGCGCCCACUUCUCCACAUUUGACGAGAAGCAGUACACGGUGCAUGGGGACUGCAGCUAUGUGCUGGCUAAGCCCUGUGGCGACAGCACCUUUACUGUGCUGGCCGAGCUGCGCAGGUGUGGGCUGACGGACAGCGAGACCUGCCUGAGGAGUGUGACGCUGAGCCUGGGUGGGGCGCAGACAGUGGUCGAGGUGAAGGCCAGUGGGGAGGUGUUUGUGAACCAGAUCUAUACCCAGCUGCCUGUGUCUACAGCCAAUGUCACCCUCUUCAGACCCUCCACCUUCUUCAUCAUUGCUCAGACCAACCUGGGCCUCCAGGUGGACAUCCAGCUGGUACCCACCAUGCAGGUGUUUGUGAGGCUGGCACCUGAGUUCCAUGGGCUGACCUGUGGCCUGUGUGGGAACUUCAACCAGAACCAGGCUGAUGACUUCACAGCCCUCAGUGGGGUGGUAGAGGGCACGGCUGUGGCCUUUGCCAACACCUGGAAGACCCGGGCUGCCUGCCCCAACGUCAGGAGCAGCUUCGAGGAUCCCUGCUCCCUGAGCGUGGAGAACGAGAAGUACGCUCAGCACUGGUGCUCACUGCUGACUGACACCCAAGGCCCCUUUGCCCCCUGCCAUGCUGCCGUGAACCCCCUCACUUUCUACUUGCACUGCAUGUUCGACACCUGCAACUGUGAGAGGAGCGAGGAUUGCCUGUGCGCGGCCCUGUCCUCCUACGUGCGCGCCUGUGCCGCCCGGGGCCUGCUGCUCCAUGGUUGGAGAGAUGGCGUCUGCAAGAAGCCCAUGACCACCUGCCCCAAGUCCAUGACCUACCGCUACAACAUCAGCACCUGCCAGCCCACGUGCCGCGCCCUGAGCGAGGGGGAUAUCACUUGCCACAUCCCCUUUGUGCCUGUGGAUGGCUGUACCUGCCCCGAGAGCACUGUCCUGGAUGACACGGGUGUGUGUGUGCCAGCCACCAGCUGUCCCUGCUACCACAGGGGUGCCGUGGUUCCCAACGGGGAGUCAGUGCACGAUAGCGGGGCCAUCUGCACCUGCACACAGGGGACGCUGAGCUGCCUCGGAGGCCCUGCCCCCACACCAGUGUGCACUGCACCCAUGGUCUACUUCGACUGCCACAAUGCCACACCCGGGGUGGCCGGGGCUGGCUGUCAGAAGAGCUGCUACACCCUGGACAUGGCCUGCUACAGCUCUCAGUGUGUGCCUGGCUGCGUGUGCCCUGACGGGCUGGUGGCAGACGGUGAAGGUGGCUGCAUUGCGGUGGAGAACUGCCCCUGCACACACAACGAGGCCAGCUACCAGGCUGGCCAGACCAUCCGGGUGGGCUGCAACACCUGCACCUGUGACCGAAGGAUGUGGCAGUGCACGGAUGAUCCCUGCAUAGCUACCUGUGCUGUGUAUGGAGAUGGCCAUUACCUCACAUUUGAUGGGCAGCGCUACAGCUUCAGUGGCGACUGCCAGUACACACUGGUGCAGGACAACUGUGGUGGGAGCAGCGGUGCACAGGACAACUUCCGUGUCGUCACCGAGAAUGUCCCCUGUGGCACCACAGGCACCACCUGCUCCAAGGCCAUAAGGCUCUUCCUGGGGAGCUACGAGCUGAGGCUGAGCAACGGGAAGGCAGAGGUGAUCAGGGAGGGCACAGGGCAGGAGCUGCCCUUCACCAUCCGCCAGAUGGGCGUCUUUCUGGUGGUGGAUACCAACGCUGGCCUGGAGUUGCUGUGGGACAGAAGGACCAGCAUCUUCAUCCGGCUCAGCCCUGAGUUCAAGGGCAGGGUCUGUGGCCUGUGCGGGAACUUCGACGACAGCGCCAUCAAUGACUUCACCACACGGAGCCAGUCCGUGGUGGGAAAUGCCCUAGAAUUUGGGAAUAGCUGGAAGCUCUCCCCAUCCUGCCCGGACGCCCUGGCACCCAAGGACCCCUGCACUGCCAACCCCUACCGCAAAUCCUGGGCCCAGAAGCAGUGCAGCAUCAUCAACAGCGCCACCUUCGCCGCCUGCCACGCCCAUGUGGAGCCAGACAAGUACUAUGAGGCCUGUGUGAGCGACGCCUGUGCCUGUGACUCGGGGGGUGACUGCGAGUGCUUCUGCACAGCCGUGGCUGCCUACGCCCAGGCCUGCAGCAAUGCUGGCCUCUGCGUGUCCUGGCGGAGCCCUGACAUCUGCCCUCUCUUCUGUGACUACUACAACUCUGAGGGCCAAUGCGAGUGGCACUACCAGCCCUGUGGGGCCCCCUGCAUACGCACCUGCCGGAACCCGCGGGGAGACUGCCUACCUGACGCCCAUGGCCUGGAAGGCUGCUACCCGAAGUGCCCAGCGGAGGCCCCCAUCUUUGACGAGGACAAUAUGCAAUGUGUGGCCGCCUGCCCAGCCCCACCCCAGCCUCCACCCUGCCGAGUCCACGGGAAGUUGUACUGGCCGGGUGCAACCGUACCCUCGGACAAGAACUGCCACUCCUGCAUUUGCAGCGGGACUGGUGUGCGAUGCACCUAUGACGCCCAGGCCUGUGUGUGCACCUAUGGUGGCCAGCACUUCCACCCCGGGGAUGUUAUCUACCAUACCACAGAUGGUGCUGGUGGCUGCAUCUCUGCCCACUGCGGGGCCAACGGCACGAUCCAGAGGAGGGUCCACCGCUGCAGCCCCUCCACCCCUGCACCCCCAACCACCUUCUCCUUUUCCAUGACCCCACUAGUCCUGAGCUCAACGCCAACCCUUGGCCCCAGCCUCAGCCCUGCCCUGAGCACAGCACACACGAGUCCCCCAAGCAGUGCCCGGCCCACAGUCGAGGGCACCUCCCCCAGGAUGGUGGCUUCCUCAGCCUCUGCCCCACCCCACCCGAGCUGUGGGGAGGAGUGUCUGUGGUCACAGUGGCUGGAUGUCAGCCAUCCUGGACAGGGUGUUGACAGUGGUGACUUUGACACACUGGACAAUCUCCGUGCCCAUGGGUACCACGUGUGCCUGGCGCCUAGGGAGGUGCAGUGUCGGGCUGAGGAUGCCCCCCAGGUGCCGCUUCACCUCCUGGGACAGCGUGUGGACUGCAGCCCGGCAGUGGGGCUGAUCUGUUACAACAAGGACCAGGCUGUGGGGCUCUGUGACAACUACCAGAUCAGGGUUUUGUGCUGCACACCCCUGGCCUGCCCCACCUCUGGUGGUCCAGCCUACACCACGCCCCUCAUGAUCUCCAGGACACCUGAGACCCACGCCACUCUAUCCACAGCUGGUACAGUGCCCACCACGGUCAGGACAACACCAGGCCCAGGUACCAAUAUGCCUGUGCAAACGACCUUCCUGACCUCUAGCCCUACAUCAGGAUCAAUGGCCUCGACGACACCCUCUGGGAGCCCCAUGGCCCUGGGGACCUCGGGGCUCACAGAGAAGCCAAUUGGCCCUGAAACCAGCCCAGUUUCCUGCCUUCAGGAGAUCUGCACUUGGACUGAGUGGAUUGAUGGCAGCUACCCAGGGCCAGCAAGAAACAGUGGGGAUUUUGACACUUUUCAAAAUUUAAGAAAAAAAGGAUACAGGUUCUGUGAGAGACCUAGUGGUGUGGAGUGUAGGGCAGAGAGCUUCCCCAACACCCCACUGGCAGAGCUUGGCCAGGACGUGACCUGUAACACCAGAGAGGGACUUCUCUGCCUGAACAGGAACCAGCUGCCGCCCAUCUGCUACAACUACGAGAUCCGCAUCCAGUGCUGUGAGAUGGUAGACAGGUGCAGAGACAAGCCCACAGCAGACACACAGCCCACCACAGGGGAGACUGGGAUCCACACGUGGGCAACUGUGACAACAGUACUAUCCUCAGCCUCCACAGAGCACGUGACUGGCAGUUCAGCAGCAAUGCCUAUAGCCACGGGGGCCAUGCACACCACCCACGCAGUCACUGGAUCCCAGACCACAGACUGCCAGCCCAGGUGCUCCUGGACCAAGUGGUUCGACGUGGACCUCCCAGCCCCCGGGCCCCACGGUGGAGAUGUCGAAACGUACAGCAACAUCAUCAGGAGAGGGGAAAAAAUCUGCCACCGGCCAGAAGAAAUCACCAAGCUCGAGUGCCGUGCAGAGAACCACCCCGAUGUGAGCAUCGAGCAGCUGGGCCAGGUGGUGCGAUGUGACCGGGACGUGGGCCUGGUGUGCAGGAACCAGGACCAGGUGGGAAGACUCAGGAUGUGCCUCAACUAUGAGGUGCGCGUGCUGUGCUGCCAGACGCCUGCAGGCUGCCCGCAGACCACUGUGACUCAUCCUCCAACUGCAACUACCAAGACCUCAUCUUCAGUCUGGUCCACAUCUGUAGUCUCCACCUCUGAGGUGUCCAGCUCUUCAGCGCCCUCUACCCGCACCUGCUUCUGUAGCCUGGCUGGACAGUUGUAUCCUGCAGGAUCCAUCAUUUACCACCAGACAGAUCUUGCCGGGCAUUGCUAUUAUGCCCUGUGCAACCAAUAUUGCCAAGUGGUCAGAGGGGUGGACCAUACAUGUCCCUCCACUACGGUGCCCCCUGUCCCAGAGACGUCCCCUUUGACAUCCACCUCCAAGCCUGUCACUACACAGGGAUGCCCAAGUGCAGUUCCGCCAAGAAAGAAAGGCGAGACCUGGGCCAUGCCCAACUGCUCCCAGGCCACCUGUGAGGGCAAUGAUGUCAUCUCUCUACGCCCGCGCACGUGCCCGAGGGUGGAAGAGCCCAGUUGUGCCAACGGCUACCCAGCCCUAAAGGUGGCUGACCAGGAUGGCUGCUGCCAGCGCUACCAGUGCCAGUGUGUGUGCAGUGGCUGGGGAGACCCUCACUACAUCACCUUCGACGGCACCUACUACACGUUUCUGGACAACUGUACGUAUGUGCUGGUGCAGCAGAUCGUGCCCGUGCUCGGACACUUCCGUGUGCUCAUUGACAACUACUUCUGCAAUGCAGAGGACGGGCUCUCCUGCCCACAGUCCAUCAUCGUCGAGUACCAGCAGGACCGCGUAGUGCUGACCCGCAAGCCAGUUGGCGGGGUGAUGACCAAUGAGAUCAUCUUCAAUGGUGAGGUGGUGCGCCCUGGCUUCCAGAAAAACGGCAUCAUGGUUUCCCGAGUGGGCAUCAAGAUGUAUGUGACCAUCCCUGAGCUUGGAGUCCAGGUCAUGUUCAGUGGCCUCAUCUUCUCAGUGGAGGUGCCCUUUAGCAAGUUCGUCAACAACACCGAGGGCCAGUGUGGCACCUGCACCAAUGACCAAAAGGAUGAUUGCCGCAUGCCUGGGGGGGCAGUGGCUGCCUCCUGCUCUGAGAUGUCUGGCCUCUGGAACGUGACCAACUCUGACCAGCCAUCCUGCCACAGGCCUCGCCUGGCACCCACAACAGUGGGGCCCACCACUGUGGGGACCAUGACUCCGCCCCCUGAGUGCCUGCCAUCCCCAAUCUGCCAGCUGAUUCUGAGCGAGGUCUUCCAACUAUGCCACACCAUGAUCCCCCCAUGGCCGUUCUACGAGGGCUGUGUCUUCGACCAGUGCCACAUGCCCGGCACUGAGGUGGUGUGCUCCGGCCUGGAGCUCUAUGCCUCACUGUGUGCCUCCUACGGCGUGUGCAUCGACUGGAGGAGCUGGACCAACCACACUUGCCCAUUCACCUGCCCUGCUGACAAAGUGUACCAGCCCUGCGGCCCCACCAAUCCCUCCUAUUGCCACGGGAACGACAGCGCCAGCCUCAUGGUCCUGCAGGAGGCUGGCCCCAUCACGGAAGGCUGCUUCUGUCCCCGUGGCAUGACGCUCUUCAGUGCCAGCACCCAAGUCUGUGUGCCCAUGGGCUGCCCCAGGUGCCUGGGUCCAAAUGGAGAGCCGAUGGAGCCGGGCCAAACCAUCAGUGUCGACUGUCAGGAGUGCACCUGUGAUGGGGCCACUUGGACCAUGACCUGCUGGCCAAAGCCUUGCCCACUGCCCCCCAUGUGCCCCCUGCCUGGCUUCGUGCCUGUGCCCAUGGCUCCGCAGGCUGGCCAGUGUUGCCCUCAGUACAGCUGCGCCUGCAACACCAGCCACUGCCCCAAGCCUGUGGACUGUCCCCAGGGCUCCCGCCCAAUCCUGACCCAUGAAGAGGGGGCCUGCUGUCCAAGCCAGAACUGCAGCUGGACGGUCUGCCGUGUCAAUGGGACCCUGUACCAGCCCGGUGCAGUGGUCUCCUCGAACCUGUGUGAGACCUGCAGGUGUGAGGUGGACGGCAGCCCCCAGGCGGGCACACCUGUGGUCAGCUGUGAGACCCAGAUCUGUGACAUCCACUGCCCUGUGGGCUUCAAGUACCAGGCACGGAGUGGACAGUGCUGUGGCACCUGUGUGCAGGUAGCCUGUGUCACCAACACCAGUGGCACCACUGCCCACCUCUUCUAUCCUGGGGAGACCUGGUCAGAUCCAGGGAACCGUUGCGUGACCCACGAGUGUGAGAAGCACCAGGAUGGACUUGAGGUGGUGACCACAAGAAAAGUGUGUCCCCCAAUCAGCUGUACUCUGGCCCAGGCCCAGCUGAAUGAGGAUGGUUGCUGCCUCUUCUGUCCCCCGCCCCAGCCCCAGAACAAGUCGAUCUGUGCUGUGUACCAUAAGUACCAGGUCAUUCGGCAGCAGGACUGUAGCUCUGCCCAGCCUGUGCGCCUGGCCUACUGCCAAGGCAACUGUGGAAACACUGGCUCCAUGUACUCCCUGGAGGCACAGGCACUGCAGCACAGGUGUGCUUGCUGCCGGGAGCUGCGAGCCUCGAGGAGGAGUGUGACCCUGUACUGUGCCGACGGCUCCCGCCAGGCCUUCAGUUACACCGAGGUGGAGGAGUGUGGCUGCGUGGGCCAGCACUGCUCCUCGCCAGGUGACAUCAGCCACUCUGAGGAGCCAGAGCCUGAGCAGAGUGAGGAGGACCAUAACCAGGAUACAGAGGGCAGUGGGCAGGCAGGGGCCCAGGUCUCCCCUGCCCACAUACCGGCACCACCGGCCUCCUGA